GAGAGAGAGAGAGACUGAGAGGGAUGCUGCAGAAAAAGGGAGGCUGAGGAAAAUUCAGGAUGGCAAGAAUACGACUCCGCUAGCUACGUCCCGGAGCAGUAGAAGAACGCUAAGCUGCCUGCCAGUCCUGGAAAAUACUAGAAUAGGAAGGCACGGGAAGUGGGGCAACGCGCGAGGAUGCGCUCGCAUUGGCAAUGACAGAGUGUUUUUCUCCUGCAUCCCUGGGCCCGGGUCUGAGCUUGUUGCAGCUGUAGCUCCACGGAGGCUGUCUAACAGAAAGAGAAACGCCGGUGUUAGUGGAAAUACACUCUAUUAUCAGCUGGGCGUGCAGAGACUCAAGUUAUUGGGGUGCGAGGGCAGAAGGCCUCUGCUGCUGAUCCUGGCCACGCGAUAUAGGCACCUUUCCAUCGGAUACAACGCUCUUCUGUCCCCUCCUUCAUCCUCCCCCUCCUCCUCCUCCUCCUCCUCCUGCACUGCCGCUCAAGGAUGCGAUGUGGCGCGGCUGUCAAGGCAGCGCGCUGCGCUGAGUCCGUCCGCAGGAACCUCCGCGCGGCUGCCUAGCUUGUGCCGGGCACUUGCCGUGUCUCUCGCGGCAGCUCACCACUCAGCCGGAGCCAUAGCCUGGCGUAUAAGCAGAUAUGUCUUCCAAGGACUCGCCGGCCGGUGCUCAGUCGGCGCAGUAUGUCGGGCCCUAUCGACUGGAGAAGACGCUGGGCAAAGGGCAGACAGGGCUGGUGAAACUAGGAGUGCAUUGCAUAACUGGCCAGAAAGUUGCGAUUAAAAUUGUGAAUCGGGAGAAACUGUCUGAGUCUGUUCUCAUGAAGGUGGAACGAGAGAUAGCAAUCCUGAAGCUGAUUGAGCAUCCUCAUGUGUUGAAACUUCAUGAUGUAUAUGAAAACAACAAGUAUUUGUAUUUAGUCUUAGAACAUGUGUCAGGGGGAGAGUUGUUUGACUAUCUGGUCAAGAAGGGUAGACUAACUCCAAAGGAGGCACGCAAGUUCUUCCGACAGAUUAUCUCAGCUCUUGAUUUCUGUCACAGCCAUUCUAUCUGUCACAGAGAUCUAAAGCCUGAAAAUUUACUUCUGGAUGAAAAAAAUAACAUACGCAUUGCUGAUUUUGGAAUGGCAUCACUUCAGGUUGGGGAUAGUCUGCUGGAAACAAGUUGCGGAUCUCCACAUUAUGCAUGUCCAGAAGUCAUACGAGGAGAAAAGUAUGAUGGUCGCAGAGCAGAUGUAUGGAGUUGUGGAGUCAUUCUUUUUGCUUUGCUGGUGGGUGCACUGCCUUUUGACCAUGAUAACCUGCGACAAUUACUUGAAAAAGUGAAGAGUGGAGUGUUUCACAUGCCACAUUUCAUUCCUCCAGACUGUCAAGCACUACUGAGGGGCAUGAUUGAAGUGAACCCCGAAAAGAGACUGACUCUAGAAGAAAUACAGAAGCAUUCUUGGUACUUAGGGGGGAGAAACGAGCCAACUCCAGAACAGCCUCCACCACGACGAGUCACUGUACGUAGGAUCUUGUCACUAACCGAGCUGGAUCCUGAUGUACUUGACAGCAUGCAUUCAUUAGGCUGCUUCCGGGAUCGUACUAAAUUGACCAGAGAUCUGCAAUGUGAAGAAGAUAACCAAGAGAAAAUGAUCUACUACCUUCUUCUGGACCGCAAGGAACGAUAUCCAAGUUGUGAGGAUGAAGACUUGCCUCCAAGAAAUGAUGCAGAUCCUCCAAGAAAAAGGGUGGACUCCCCAAUGCUUUCCCGUCAUGGUCGUUGUCGCCCAGAGAGGAAAUCCAUGGAAGUCUUAAGUGUAACAGAAGUGGGAUCUCCAACUCCUCCUCGACGGGCUCUUGAUACAGCUCAGCAUAGUCAAAGGUCCCGAUCUGUGAGUGGUGCCUCAACUGGACUUUCUUCUAGCCCCCUCAGCAGUCCAAGGAGCCCUGUUUUCACAUUCAGCCCAUCUGAUGUGGCCACUCAAUCGAAGGAUUCCAGGCCGCCAACAUCCACUGCACAUCGAGGCGCCAGGGGAGCAGCGGCCCAGAGAGCACCUGAUCCCAAAACUCAAACCCUACCAGCCAAAAGCAGCCUCGCAGAGAAACCUAGCCUUCACCCCAUCAAAUCCCUUCCUCUCCACGAUUCACCCUCACCUACUUCCCCUUCUCCAGCCUCUACUGCCUCAUCUGCCUCCCCUUCCCCAUUUCCCCCAGCCUCCAAUCCUACCACCCGCUUUUUCUUCUUUUUCCCAUCCUCCUCCACCUCUAAACCUGCCUCCAAAAGUGUGCCCCCUCCUCUUCCACAGGUCACCCCUCAGCCCUCACCCCGUGGCAGUCCCUUGCCCACUCCCCUGGGCACACCAGUACAUGGUCCCCCCUCUCGAGGGGAGGGGAGCAGCGGAAGUGGCAGCAGCUGCAGUGCAGGGUCUGUUACACCCCCAUCCAGCCCUGGCAUGGCAGGCAGUGGAUCAGCACACUGGCGAAGUAGACUCAACUCCUUCAAGAAUAAUCUGCUGGGAUCACCACGGUUCCAUCGUCGGAAGUUACAAGUUCCAACAUCUGAGGAUAUGUCUAGCUUGACACCAGAAUCCUCUCCAGAUUUUUGUCCCGAUAGGUUGGCAAAGCGGUCAUGGUUUGGAAAUUUUAUCAAUUUGGAGAAGGAAGAACAAAUUUUUGUUGUGAUCCGAGACAAGCCUCUCAGUUCAAUAAAAGCAGAUAUUGUUCAUGCCUUUCUCUCGAUUCCUAGUUUGAGCCACAGUGUCAUCUCUCAGACCAGUUUUCGAGCUGAAUACAAAUCUUCAGGUGGGCCCUCCGUAUUCCAGAAACCUGUCAAAUUCCAAGUUGAUAUCACAUACUCUGAGGGAGCAGUAGAGGGCCGCAAAGACAAUGGCAUUUACUCUGUUACAUUCACUCUUAUAUCAGGUCCCAGUCGUCGAUUUAGAAGAGUAGUAGAAACUAUCCAGGCACAGCUGUUAAGCUCCCAUGACCAGCCAUCUGUCCAGGCACUUGCAGGUAUACAAGUAUUAGAUGAAAAGAAUGGACAGCUCUCCAGAGUACCUGGGACUCCCACUCGUCAGAAUUCAAGGCGCUCUGAAGGAGAUGGAGCAGAGCUUCACCGUAGAGGAUCAGGCAAGGACAAGACCCGUCUUCUCCCAUCCAAUGGGACACAAGCUCAGCCAUAAGUAUGGCAAAAAGAACAAUCAGCAUGUGUCAAGGCCACCGAGAGUCUGUUGCCAUUAUCAGCCUCUGGGACAGUCAGUUGGCCCAAAUACAGGUUUUGGAACUCUGACAAUUAGGAAUUUACAGAGAAAACCAUUGCAACUUGCAGGUGGGAAACAUAACCCUAUUACGGAUGUAACUGGGUACAUUCUGAUCCAAACACUAUCAGCAACAAUGGACAAUGCCUUGAUGUCAAAAGGGCAGACAGAAAGAUGAACACUGUAAGUGAGAUAAUGAUUUCAUGUCAGACAAGAUGACUGAUAAAUGAACAUGACAAUUUAAGCAAAUGGAAGUCUUGGUGUCAGACAAGUAACACAGCGUGACAGAAAGACAGCUAUAAUUACAGCUGUGCCAGAAAAAUUUCUGGAUCCUGAUGUAAAAUGAAAUCAUAAUCUAGUAUCAAUUAAGAAAAAAAAAAGACUUGCCCAAAGAUGAAAUUGGAUCAUUAUGCAAGAAGCCAGGUAAAGCCAGCAGACAUAUAAACAUAGGAAACACUGAGAGGCCAUGUCUUUGCAUUCUACUUAGCCAACCGUUAUACCAGGACAAACUGAAAAAGUGAUGCGCUGGAUUGCAAGCACAGAGUCGCAGGCGUGCGACUACAGACCCAUUCCCCUUUUUUCCAGCACAGCCAAUAAUAAAGUUCUUAGAUCCCACCUCAGUUUCAGGGCUUGCAUAGUUUUAUACAUGGGUGGGCAUUUUUUUUCUAAAACUCAAUAUUGAGGGUCCAAAAACAAAAUAACCUGGCCAGUGACACAUCAAAUUGUGCACCUACUAGCUGCAGUAAAACACUUUGCCUAAAGACACUUGGACAUUAAUUUUAACUCGUGACAUCAACCAACAGACUUUUUAUGUCUGUAUUAAAUAUGGACAAGAUUGUGUUUUGCUUUUUAUUUCUUUCUUUCUCUAUUUAUUUAUUUCAUUUCUAUUUCAAAACUCAUGUCUAUUUAUUUAUGAAUUAUUUAUUUAUGAAGUGAAUCUGUUCUUUUAAGUCAGAUUUUUCAUUUGUCCAAAAACAGAAGUUUCUUAGUUGACCACACAUGUUCACAGAUGGUUGGUUAUUUUUGGUUGAUUUACUUUUAGGGUUCUGUCUCCUUAUGUGACACCAAUAGCAGAAUGUACUACUGAGAUGCUACAAUGCUUUUGUUUUCCCCAGGUAAUAGCAGAAAUGAAAAAUCCAAAUGUGAAAAAAUAAAAACUUACAAUAAUGCUUAGAAAAUCCAU